AUGAUUUUAUUGCUAUUGGAUAAACAAACAGCGACCGCUUUUAACGUGUCGUUCACCGGAAGCCUCCUUGUAGCAAAGGAAGCCGUUGUUAAUGGCGCAACGCAUUUUUCCGGCAGCGUGCAAUAUUCAUCCUCUAUGCUAACGCAUAGUUUUGCUCCGUUACCGUCCCCCUUAAUGAUGACUAUCAGAGGUCACUUGUCGUCCACUAAAAACUUACAUCCCGAUUCCACUUUGGGUUCUUGGUCCCCUAUUGCAUGCACGAACGGACCACUCGAUUCGGUGACUACACCAGGAGAUCUGGUCUCUUUGGCCUGGCUUCAAAAAGGCGACAUCAUUCAAAUCGCCCCACUAGACGGAGAGGAAGAUUUUCACAGUGAAGUUUGUGCACCGACCACCUCAGCACAGAAAAGCGAAGCUUUCUCCUUUCAGUUCCCCGAUCGUCACCAAGUAUCCACUGGACUUACCCACCAUUCUCAACCACCUGUCACUUCUCACUUUUCUAUUACUCCACUAUCCAUUAGCUUCACUCCCCCCGCCGAACAUUUGCCUACUCCAUGCAGCAUCUCCUAUCCACCGUUUCCUCAUGUGACUCAUUUGAGUCAGUCUACUUCUGGACUUGUUAAACCGAAUUACAGUUACACUCACCUCAUUUUCAUGGCUAUCGAAUCAACUCCUCAGAAGUGUAUGACGGUAAAUCAAAUUUACAACUGGUGCGAGUCGAAUUUCCCGUUCUACAAACACGCUGGUGCAGGUUGGAAGAACUCCUUGCGACACAAUCUGUCUAUCAACAAAUCCUUUAAGCGGCUUCCACGAGACAGUCGAGGUCCUGGCCGUGGUGCCUUUUGGACUGUGGAGCCUCGAGAGCGAUCGGCGCUUUUGGAUGCCAUCAAGCGCAAUCCGUGGAACUUCGCUAACAUGACAGCCAUUGUUUCCGCCCAGUCCGAUGGCGGUACGUAUGCGUCCAGCUCUCUGCCAGACUCGUUAGAUCCAUACGUAUUUGGUGCUCGGCACUUAACACAAAGCGCUGCAGACCAAUUGCUACGCUCCGAAGACGUGGACAGGUCUGAUUUGUGUGGUUCUGUAUUUGAUCCAUCUAACGGCAUGACCAAUUCGAACACACCUCAUAACCUCCGAUUAAUUUCAACCCCAGAUGGCCAGCUGGUUGCAACCUUCGACAAUAAACCUCAGUCGAACCUCAUACCUGAUUCCAAUCAUGCUGACAUUGAACUCAGAGGUUUGCUCUCCAGGUCAUUUACAACCUGCAUGUUGACCGACUGUUCACCAGAACCACGGGUACCUCAUGCCGCUGAUCCCUCGACUGAAUGGCCCGCCGAGGAGGAGGAAAAGUACCUGCACAGUUUGCGUUUGUUGACGGAAGCUGAUGACGCCUCUUUACGGAUUUCCGAUGGAGAUCACGUCAUUGGCAACCGGCUGUCCGAACCCAUGCCGAACGAUCCUAGCGGUCCACAAGUGUAUGAUGAUACUCAGACGUCAAAUAAACGGCGACGCAAAUCUCGUCUACAGCCAACGCGCUUUGGAUUUUGUAACGAAUGCAAAGAAAACGCGGCAUCUGGUUGUGAAUCUUGUCACACGCAGCAGUUGUUCUUCACUACUACAUUUGAUGAAUCCCAAUUUGUAGAGCAUCCUGUGUUCGACAUAGCAAAUACCUUGGAUUCUGAUCAGGAGCAUGGACCAGCCGGUGGGCCUGCUGCACGCAAGCAUUCAGUUCACUCUGCAGCUAGUCACUUUUCGGGUUUGGUGAAUGGCUCUGACAAGGAUACGCACGGCUAUCGUAGUGAACCGAUUUCACAGGAGGUCUAUGUUACUCCUGCCCCAUAUAUCGAUCAUGAGUACUCUCACUGUCAAGCGCAACUGCGAGGACCCGAAGACAACCGUAUGGUGGAUCGUUACAAUGAAGAGUAUUGCUCGAAAUUGCUAAAGCGUUCCCGAGGUCAACAUAGGAGAAGUACCUAUUACCGGUCUCGCAGUAGCAAUCCCCAGCGAUCUUACAAGUGUGCUAAGGACGAUGCACUAGAUUUUGAAGAACUGGACGAAGUUAGCAAUAACGACGAUCCAUACGCUUCCCGUGAUCACACGGAUGGUAGCGACGAAAGUAAUUACUCAUCAUCUAGAAAACGAUAUGUCGACAAAUUCAUCCGUAUUAAUGGUCACAAUCCUGGUGUCAUCAACAGGAAACAUGGUAGAUAUAAACGUCGAGGGGAUCCAUCUUACGAUUUUGAUUAUGCGAGCUAUUACGACCGUUUUCCUACUCGAGUUUUGUUCACACAUCGGCACUCACAAUUAAAGGCUUGCAAGCGACGGGGAACAGUAUAUUCAAGAACCGAUCCUUUGUUCUCUUCGAAAACUCGAACUCGCCGAUCUAAACGUAUCGUCAAGGCUCCCCGUCGCCCUUAUGAUGAAUUCGAGGCGUCAUUUUCAAUCGAUGAAGCUGACCAAAACGCAUUCGAUUUGCGUUUUGAAAGUCGGAACACACGUACUCAUACCCUGUCUCAUGCCGUGCAGACUACCGAUGGCAGCGCGGCUUUGCGUGCUGAGCCACUCAAGCCAACAGGAAUUCAUCAGAAACCUCGUCGCGGUAGAUACACCGGUCGCAAGCGAUUAGCAGCUGGUUCACUUCAUAGGCGCGUUCAGCCCAGUUUUAAUCCCGAUGUUUGUUCAGGAAGUAGCAUCGGUAACGACAGAGGGGUACGUUGCUUCAAAGCUGCUUAUAAACUUCAGGGAGUCAAUCUUCCAUUAUAUGAUGACGAGUCGAGCACUUCUUCAUUGUCAUCUGAAACAUCUCAACGACCCCAAGCUGAAACGAAUCUCUCUGGUAAAAUGAAUGGUUCUUUACGCACCUUCGGAAACUCAGUCAAGACGGAUCCUGUGUCUGGUUGCCAUCGGUAUAACAUUGGCAGUGUAUGGGGUCAAUCCAGGAUGUCCUUGGCUCGAAAGAUGACCUUGUCGCACCCCUCUGAUUGUUCACCUGAGGCAGCUUAUUGCCUCGAUGGCAGUGUCCAAGAGCCUGUGUUGGCCAUGGAGUCGUUUGAUCAAGAUCUCGACGAAUGUGAGGAAGAUGUUGUCGAGGAAGUCGAGGUUGGAAAAACUGACGAACACACGACUGUUGAAGCCGCACAGCUUUUACUGGGCAUAAGCCAAAUGCAGAGCUUCCGACGGCAGUCAGGCUACCUCAGCCUUGAUUCUAGUGGGACUUCCGAGAGCAUGGCCGAUGAGGGGUCCACUAACAUCAAACGUGAGGCGUCCACUCCUCUGGAUCAGUCGAUUCCAUCUGUCACAGCGCGGCCUUCCGUGACCGACAAUUCGUCUUCCUUACUGUGUACAGUUUGAUAACCUUGUAUAUGCCGCCUUUCCCGCCGUUUCUGGAAUCUACGAACUGUAUACAAAAAUCGAACACAUGUAUCGACGAACUUCCGAUGGCUUUGUUUUCUAGUCGCAAUAACUCCAAAUGUACCAUGACCACCCCUUAGCCCCCACGUUUUUGUUUCCGCCUCCGAGCAACAACGGAUUGCACGUGUCUACUGAUUUCCACUAUGUGACCUGGUGGCUGAUUUCGUGCCCGCGCUAACUGAUUUACCCCUUCUGUCCAUACAAACGAAUAAUUCGCUGCAAUUACCUGUUAUUUCAGCCUUACGACAGCCAUCGGUUUCAACUUUACAACCGUGCAACUUCUCGAUGUUUAACCACUUCGAGGCACGUGUGUGUGACAUCUUUUCAAAAGCAAAGGGGCUUUCCUGUGCAGUAUCCGUUUUUUUCACGCCAGUGCAAUGCUUUAUUCGGCCAAUCAAUUUCUUGCCCCAGUUUUACUUUGUGGUUCCAACACAGUUUCUCCCGCUUAUCUUGUAUUCGUUUGGAGCGUAAUACAUUAAACUUUGGCCUCGUAAAGUCAACUUUGCGAUGCGCGAGACUAUGGACAUAGAGUCCCAUUUGAUUUUCAUUUAUUUUCUGAUUGAGCAUUGUUUUUUUUUUCUACCGGCAUUUGAGUUUUCUAUGUCUCCGUUAUGUUUUUGAUUUUGCUGCUAUUAUAGUUAUCGGGUCCCAAAUCCAUUGAUCCUUUCGCUUUCCCACUGAUUGUGGAAGUCGUUUUUCACAUUUUUGUAGUUAAUGCUGUGUAGAAUCCCCAACCACAUUACUUUGUACAGCGUUUUAAGCGUCCUUUCGCCUAUUCAACGUGCAAAUACUGAUAACUUCUCUAUCGCGAUUGCCUCGCAUUUCUU